UGUAAUAUUAUGUGUUUAUUGCGGUCACAUCUGUGAAUCUCUUGAAUAAACGCUGACUGUUCUUAGGGAUAAACACACAUCGAGUAAACCAAGUAACCGAACCACCUGAUGCAAUCAGACCCAAGCGUUCCUACACAUCGCUGCUUCCGUGUGCUGUGCAGGUCUGAGUGGACCAUGAAUAACAGCAGCCUGGGGCCGAGCGCCGACGGCAACGCGUCUCUCCACGCUGAGUUCCAGUCUUGUGCCACGCUGAGGUUCCAGGCGUCGCGCGUCUUCCUCUACGUCGUCUUUUCUCUGGGCAUCGUCUCCACGGUGGUGGGCAACUUCCUGGUGGUCUUGUCCAUCGCCUACUUCAAGCAGCUGCAGUCUCCCACCCACUUCUUCGUCAUGUCGCUGGCCGUGGCCGACUGCCUCGUCGGCCUGGUGGUGAUGCCGUACAGCAUGGUUCGCACCGUGGAGGGAUGCUGGUACUUCGGGGCCCUGUUCUGCCGGCUUCAUUCCAGCCUGGACGUCAUGCUCUGCACCGCCUCCAUCUUCCACCUCAGCUGCAUCGCCUUUGACCGCUACUACGCCGUGUGCAACCCGCUGCUCUACUCGUUGAAGAUGUCGAACAACCGCGUAGCUCUUCUGGUUGUCGUAUGCUGGGCCGUCCCCAUGCUCAUCUCAUUUGGCCCCAUAAUGCUGGAUCUCCACGUUGCCGGCGUGGACGUCCUGCUCCCUCAAGACGUGUGCGUAUUUCUGGUCAAUCGCGUUUAUGCCGUCAUGGCCUCCUUGGUGGCCUUCUACCUGCCCAUGGCGGUCAUGCUGGUGGCCUACUGGAAGAUCUUCAAAGCCGCCAAGCGGCAGGCCAGGCAGAUUAGCGCCAUGGAGAGCCAGAUGGCUGCUGGAGUGGGCAAAGACUCCAGCAAAAAGCAGAGACACCGGAACACUAUGAAGAGAGAGGGAAAGGCAGCCAAAACCUUGGGCAUCAUCAUGGGCGUCUUCCUCAUAUUCUGGCUGCCGUUCUUUACGGUCAACAUCGUGGACCCGUUCAUCGACUACAGCACCGAGGUGGUGGUCUGGGAUAUAUUUCUGUGGCUGGGGUAUAUCAACUCAUCCCUAAACCCCUUCCUGUACGGCUUCUUCAACCGCUCCUUCCGUAGGGCCUUCCUCAUGUUCAUAGGCUGCAGAGUGUGUCUGCCGGGAUCUUCCCCUGGGAUGGAUCUGUCUCAUACUAGGAAAGAAGCAAAUGAUCAGCCAUAAAAUAAAGAUGGCUGCUACAGGAAGAACCCACCGGAAGCUAGAAGGAACACUUUUUAUUCCUUUAGUGUCAUAUACUGUAAAUAUCAGUUGUAUUUUCACAAAGGAGAAAGUUUUUAUUUGAGUUUGGAUUGUUGAUCGUUGCUUGGAGAGUA